CGCCCCCCGCCCCGGCUGCGGGCCCCGUUCCGUCCCUGGCGUGACUCGGCACGUCUGUCGCGGUGAGGAGAAUCCGCCGCGGCGUUAGCGCGUCUUCGUCCCCGCUUCCCCGGGACGUCCUCCCUCUUCGGUCCGGAAGCUGGUGGUGCGGUGUCCUCGGCUCCCUGCAGGCCCCUCCCGCGACCAUGGUGGGAGUGAAGGUGGUCGGGACCGACCCGGAUUUCCAGCCAGAGCUGAGCGGCGCGGGCUCCAGACUCGCCGUGGUCAAGUUCACCAUGAGAGGUUGUGGACCAUGUUUACGGAUAGCACCAGCUUUUAAUGCUCUGAGCAAUAAGUAUCCACAGGCAGUUUUUUUGGAAGUGGAUGUACAUCAGUGUCAGGGAACAGCUGCCACCAACAAUAUAUCAGCAACACCCACAUUUCUCUUUUUUCGAAACAAAGUGCGAAUCGACCAGUAUCAAGGAGCAGAUGCUGUGGGAUUAGAAGAAAAAAUUAAGCAACACUUAGAAAACGACCCUGGAAACAAUGAAGACACGGAUAUCCCCAAAGGCUAUAUGGAUUUAAUGCCCUUUAUUAACAAAGCUGGAUGUGAAUGUCUUAAUGAAAGUGAUGAGCAUGGAUUUGAUAACUGUUUACGCAAAGACCCUUCCUUUUUGGAAUCUGACUGUGAUGAACAGCUGCUUAUUACUGUGGCUUUCAAUCAACCUGUUAAGCUUUAUUCCAUGAAAUUUCAAGGGCCAGAUAAUGGUCAGGGUCCUAAGUAUAUAAAAAUCUUUAUCAAUCUACCCCGAUCUAUGGAUUUUGAAGAGGCAGAAAGAAGUGAACCAACUCAAGCCCUGGAACUAACACAAGAUGAUAUUAAAGAAGAUGGUAUUGUCCAACUUCGUUAUGUUAAAUUCCAAAAUGUUAACAGUGUAACUUUAUUUGUUCAGUCCAAUCAAGGUGAAGAAGAAACAACAAGAGUUUCAUAUUUUACAUUUAUUGGUACUCCAGUUCAAGCAACAAAUAUGAAUGACUUCAAACGACUGAUUAAUCCAACUCAAAUGAACUAAAAACACAGAAGAUUUUUUUAAAUGAAGUAAUAUAGAGAUUGAUCUUGUCCCACUCUGCUCCCUUCCUUGCUUCUCUGCUCAUCUAGCACCUGUCUGCUCUCACCCUUUCCACAGUAUCACCAUUGCUGGUGCAAGAGCCUUCUCUACAGCUCCUAUCAUCUGGAUCUGCCUUCUUGUGUCCAUAUUUCAUCAGCCAUCUCUCUUCAGUUCCCACUUUAGUUCAUUUCUCUUACUUGGGCUAUUAAUUUUGUUUUCUUUACAACUAAGUGCUUUUAUUUAUUCACCAUACCAUGUGUCUUAUACUGCUUUCUGUUAAUUUUUAAUUUCUUGCUAUUUUUUACCUAAUUUAAUAAGGCAUUUUAAAGAAGUUGUACUUUAAAUCACAAUUUGAAGUACAAUUCUCCUUAAUUUUUAUAUUUACUAAAUGUGAUAUGAAAUAAUCAGUCCUGAAGGCUGCUUUUAGUUUUUGUUUUGGGAUAUCAUGUAUCCUUUAGUUGAUUUCAUUUAGCAAAUUAAAUAUUGCUUAACCCAUGAUAGCAUUUUCAGGUCCUUUUGUACUCACAUAAUAUUUUGGGUAGGCUUUGAGAGUUGGAGAAGGGUGGUAAGAGAGGAUGCAAGGUUCUACCUCAUUUCUGAUUGAUUUUGUAUCCUGAUAGAUUAGAAGGCUUUUAAGAGGUAGUUAUUUCUUUUCUUUUCUUUGGAUUUAUGUGUGUUUAAACUUGAAGAAUAUAAAUUAAAGUUGUACUGUAUAUCAGGGUAACAGAAAGCACAGGGCCAGAUAGAGGAUAGGGGUAAAAUAUUAAAAUAGAAGGCAGUCUGAAUCUUUUCAAAAAACCAAAAUCUUUAUCACCUAGUAUUGAUGUACCCUAGAUGCUGUUAGUCAGUGAAGUGAUGUAUGGGCUCAGAGAAGAAGGAAAAAAACGCUUAGGGCUUGGGGGUGGGAAAUCCAAAUGUACUGGUAUGCUUAAUUUCUUUUUUUUACAGAGAAUACACAUUGGCAAGUUGAGAGGUAUCAACCUGUGAAACCAGUAGUUGGUAAGAAAGGAGAAAGCCAUUAAGAUGCAGAAGACACUGGAAAGACCUUAUUGCAAUCAAAAUGGAUCUUCACUUUAUCUACGGCUCCUGGAUAAUUGCUUGACCCUAGCCAGAGACUGUCAAUGUUUCCUUUAAUGCCAUUACCAAUAAAUCAUUGCUUUUGUUCA